GUGUCUGUGUAUUAAAGACUACGUCCGCUGGCAACGCAAUAUCGACCGCAUCUCCAUUACACGUACACACACUCCCAUUAACACACACACAAUUAACUUCCUAGCAACGAUACACAAUGCAUGAGUGGACGACGAUCGCGGGGAAAGGAACUUGUCGCGAUCUUGAAGUUGAACUCUGAAAUAUUCAUUAAAACUGUGUUGAUUAGGCCUAUGAUUUUGCUAAUGGAGGAGGAUAACUUUUAGUAAUGAUUCCCUGAUACAAAGAUGGAAUAAUCAAGUGCUCUUUUUACCCUAGUCUUCAAAGCACACUUGUCACUUUAACUGAAGUUAAAUUACACCGCAAGUGACGAAAUCAAGACGAGAAGAAAAAAAUUUCUAGCAAGAUGGCGAGUCAAGUCGCACAACCGACAGACUUGACUCUGCGCCCAGGUACAGGUAUCCUCUUCACCCCAAGGCAGAUCCUCAAGACAGCCAAGCAUUCAAGGUCAGGGAGCAAGUUGUCACGCAAGUCGUUUGACCUUGGAUUGACCCCUUCUGGGAGAGCUGCAUCAUCAAGUCCCAACCUCAGUCCACCUCUCCCUAGUGCCUCUUUGGAUGCCAAACUCAGUGUGAUUGAAGUUGAACAGAUCCUGAGAGAGCAAAUCAAGAAAUUCUAUACAGAUCUCAAACAGGCAUGCCAAAACUAUGACAUUGACCAGAGCCUGACCAUCACAAAGGGCGAGUUGCGGCGUGUCCUCGACACCUUUUGUCUGCCGAUGACCACCGAUCAGUUCAAUUCUGUCAUGGCCAAAGUUCCGACCAACACCAAUGGAACGGUCAACUAUUGCAUGUUCCUUGACCGCUUCAUAAACACCGGAGCCGUCUCGAGGGAAUCUUGGAAGAUGGGAUCAGGAUACAAGUACAGCUAUACGAAAUCUCCUGCUGACAUGGGUAUAGACGUCAUCGAACGUCAGCUCAGGGACAAGAUCGCUGUCAACACCAAAAACUUCAUGAAAGCCCUGCGCCUCUUCGACUACAACCGCGAUGGCAGGAUUCAGAAACACGAGCUGCGUAAAGUGAUUGAAAACUACUGCUUUAGAAUGACGGACGAACAAUACGAUAGGUUGUGGGCUAGAUAUGAUUUCCACCAUAGUGGGAUAGUAAACUACUAUGAGUUCCUACAGAGAUUAGGUGUCUUGGUCCAAAAACAUUCAAAGGCCUUCCCUGAACAUGGAAAAUUUGCACAAACUUGGAACCAACGGCAAGAUGACCGAGCCAAGCAUGUAGAACAAAUGGCAAUCAUUAACAGAACAGAUGAUGCAGUGAGAGGGAUGAGCUAUAAACAAAUUGAAGCAGAAUUCAGAAACAGGAUGAAAGAUAAUUAUGUGAACAUCAAGAAAGCAUUCAUGGCGUUUGAUAAGCGUCAAGACGGAUUCAUCACCCUCGAUGAUCUUAAGAGUGUUCUCAUUCAUUUCACGCUCCCAAUGUCAGAUCAGCUAUUUGCACAACUUAUGGAAAGGAUUGGUUUCAAGGCCUCUCACAAGAUUCCUUGGGAGCACUUCCUGGAGAAAUUCCUUGAUCCUCGGAUAGAAGGGAACGGACAGACCAUCCCAAUCAAGUGGAACCACAGGGUCAACCCCAUACGAGAAGGGGAUGGGGAGAUGGACGCUGCUGAGAUCUUAUCUUUGCUUCACAAGCAUGUCACCAACAUGUAUCCCUCCAUAAAAGAAGCUUUCUUGGCAUUUGAUCAGAAUCGUGAUGGAAAGGUGACAAGGAAAGAAUUACGUAAGAUCAUGGACAAGUUCACUAUACGACUCACCGAUGCCCAAUUUAAGGUCAUCGUAGAGAAGCUUGACCCUGAGAAAAACAAUGCCAUCGACUAUCAUGACUUCUUGGGACUCUUUGAAGUCAGAGAAACAGAGGAGGGUCACAAGUGGCUGAACUCUGAGCACAGAUGGAAUGACGUCGCGCCCGCCAACCUCGCCUGGGAGACCAUUGAAGAGAUCCUGCGGGAGAAGAUCGAGGAGCACUGGAAAUCGAUCAGCGCCCUCUAUAAACAGGCUGACCCUGCUGGCACCGGAGCCAUCUCCUUGCCCCAGCUCAGGAAAAUCCUCAGCAAAUGUGUGCUACCGGUCGCAGAAGAUCACUUAGAAGAUAUGUGGCUGCGAUGUGAAGAAACAGAUGGCAAGAUCAUGUUUGGUGAUUUCCUGCAGAUGUUGAAGGUCGAAGUGUCACCCGGUGACCUGGUUGGCACCAGUACCCACAUCCAAGUCUUGAGUGACCUCAAUGAACAACAAAGACAAGUGGAUAUAGAUACAAGAUUGCACCAAAUUCAAGUGAACGCACUGAACCGCACCACACUCAUGAAUGCUGACGAGGUCAUACUAAAGCUGAAGGACCGUAUGGCACAAAAAUCAAGCAAACUCAGAGAUAACUUCUUGAGAUACUGCAAGGAUCGACGGGGCAAGCUUUCCAAGAAAGAAUUCAGACAGGUUAUUCAGAGUUUCGGAAUGUACAUGGACGACGACCAGUUUGCCCUGCUCUGCAAACAGCUUGGCUUCGACCGGGGAUCCCUCACCUAUACCGACUUCAUUGACUCCUUUGAAGACAUGAGGAUCGGUGGCCCGGGACAGGAGAUCACCCGAUCCCCUAAUCAUUGGUGGAAGAAACUUGAAAGUCAACACAUGUCUGCAAAGGAGAUGCUCGCUAACCUUGGUGAUAAGAUGAGGCAAGCCUUUGGGGACUUGCGAUCAACUUUCUACAAAUUGGACGACGACCAUGAUGGCAUUGUCCGUCGACAAGAUUUCCAGCGUCUUGUCGAUCAGCUCAUGUUCAUCAGUACGGAAGAUGAGUUCAACAAACUUAUGAGUGCCCUCGGCAUCUCCAAAAAGACUAGACUCAAUUACCAGGAGUUUUUAGACCUUUUUGAAGUCCGUGAUUCGCCGGAGGGUCACAAGUGGUUAGAUUCCGAUCACAGGUGGAACGCAACAAUCGACCCCGCCCAGCUUGCCGCAGAACAAGUCCACGAGAUCCUUGCUGCUAAAGCCCAGAGACAGUAUCACGACCUGGCCAAGGCGUUUAGGUCCAUCGAUAAGAACGGCAAUGGCGUCAUCAUCAAGAAAGAAUUGAGAGAUCUUCUGUAUACCUUCAUGUUACCGAUGACCAAGGAUGAAUUUACAAAGCUUUGGGCCAUAUACGAUCCAAAUGGCAAGGGUUACAUCGACCAUCAACACUUCUUGAAGAUGAUGGGCAAGGAAUUUGCUCCGGGAGAUGACGGAGGUGUCAGCAAACGCAUCACACAGGAAUCCUCCGAUACACUGGAGAGCCACCAUCAAGCACAACUUGAUAAACAAAUCAACAUCACCAUCAACCAAGCGUCAAAGGGAGCCUUCAUCUCGGUGGACAAGCUCCUGCAGGAUCUCAAGGACAGAAUGAGAGACAAGUACGGCACCUUCCAGGAGGCCUUCGCUCAGCUUGACAAGAGCAAGACCGGUCGGAUCACCAUCACAGAGCUCCAGGAUGUCCUCCUCAGUCAUAACUAUCUGGUGGAUGAUGAUACCUUGGAAAAGUUCUUGAAGAGGAUCGGCCUACCCACAAACAAGAGCACCUUGAACUAUGAGGAAUUCUUGAAGGCAUUUGAUGAGGGACGAGAGGAGAGGUAUCAGAAGAAGAACCUACCCGAGGUCCGUCCCGAGAUGUUCUCCGGUCUUACCUCUGACAAGGCCCUGCGCAAGCUGAGGAAGCAAGUGCAGCAGAAUGUCUCAACCUUACAAGCUGCAUUUGGUGCCUUUGACAAGGACAAGCGGGGUCGGUUGAGUCCCGGUGAUUUCCGUCGAGUACUGGACCACUUCUGCUUCAAGAUGACAGACAAGCAGUUCAAGUCGCUGAUGAGCAAGCUGCGGGUGAACUCUGACCUCACCAUCAGUUACCCAGCAUUCCUUGAAGAGUUCUCAGCCAAUGAACAAGAGCUUGCUCAGAACUGGAUCGAGUCUGUCCAGAAGAGCGACGCCCAGAACAACAACCACCAUUCGCCGACAAUGGACGAAAUCAAGCAAGACCUCAGGCAGCUGGUCAAGGCACGCUUCUACCGCUUCGCAGAACGUUUCGCCGAGAUCGACUACGCCAACAUUGGCGUCGUCGCUCGUGAUGACUUCAACGCCAUCCUCAAUGAGCUUGCCUUUAGACUGAGCAUAGAUCAGUUCAACAAACUGUGGUCCUCUUUCGAGCUCAACUCGUACGGGAACCUGGACUACCAGGCUUUCUUGAAGGAGUAUGGCGAAUGGGAAGAUGAUGUGUUCCAGGAAGGGGAUGAAGGCUUCUCCCAGACCAAAGGAAGUAGACCUGGAUCUAUCAUGAAAGGACCUGGAACUCCUCUAGUACCCAUGACACCAUUGAGCAGGAUGUCCUUCACGCCUGCAGGUCGUAGGUCCAUGACCCCGCUGGUCAACGCAGAGAACGCGGAACACAGGCUAAAGAAACAGAUCCAGAAACACUGGCAGGAAGUCCACCGUCUCUGCAAGCUCCACGACCUCGACAACUCGGGCGAGGUGGAGGUAGAUGCUUUCAGAGAAAUCUUGUCACAGUUUAACGUCUCGAUGACCGUGGAGGACUUCAGCAAGCUGGUGACAAAGUUUGAUCUCAAAGAAAAUGGAAAGUUUUCAUAUCUGGAGUUCUUGAAACACUUUAUGUUGAACCUGAAGAAGAUCAACGAGGAGCCUGAACAUAGAACACUAUUAACCAGAGAGAAGAUACACCAGUCAAAGAUUGUAAUCAAACCUGAAAGUCGCAUGACGGGCGCCACCAUGGAGGCCAUGCUCCGAAUCCGCGACACCAUCGUGAACAACUGGAAGAAGAUGCGACGCACGUUCCGCCUCCUCGACCCCACGGCGGACGGCGUCGUCACGACGAACCAGUUCCGCGACACGCUGCGCCAGUUCAGCAUCAAUCUGUCGGAGGAGGAGUUCUAUCAGCUGACUACGUACUAUGAUAAAUCCCUGCAGGGGAGAAUCCCGUAUAACGAUUUCAUCAGGGCGUUCUUGCAGUAAACUCGAUAGCAAUAGACGGACAUGAAGUUUGUAUGCUCUCCUGAGGAAUUUCUCGCACGAGAUGUAGGAAACAAUUCUUAGAGAGAACAAUUUGCACCCCCUAAGAGAUUUCAUGGGUAGGAAUAGACAUAAGUUCUCUGAACUUUCUUGAGGUUCAUACAGAAGUGGAGAAUAGCAAGGAAAGAUGCCCCUUUCCUGUAGCUGCCAUCGUGUGUGUGUACAUGCUUAAGGAAAAGGGAGUUUCAAGAGGAAGUAGACCCAAAAGUGAGAACUUGCUUUCGAAGGGAACCAAUCUGAUUUUUCAAAAACAAGAAGGAGAUUAUCAUUGGUACUUUUCACAAAGCUCAUUGAUCGAUUGUAGGGCUGAUCUUUGUGCUUGAUUGCAUUAAUCACUAUGUGCAAUCAAGCAUACUAAUCAACAAAAUGAUCAAUUGCUUAGGUUUGUGAAAGGUGCACCUGGUUACUAGAAACAUCGAGCCUUUAUUGGAAAGGAACUCAAAUGACUUUUUAAGCACAAACCCAAGAAUGGCAGAAAAUCAGUCAUAGUGAAGAAAGUUUUAUUUUUGCAGUACAAGAAAUUGCCCCAAAUCACUUUGUAAAUAUUAAUCUUCAUCCUCAAAAUUCUUGCUUUUUGUAGUAAUUGAGUAAUAAAGGCUUGAAAUUAAUGAAGCUUUGGCAUAUGUUUUAUUUGAUGAAUGUGUCAUAUUUUCAGGAUAUCUUUCCUUCAAGAAGAAAUAUAUAUCAUUAGUGGACUGUUGUGACUUCGGCAGGUAACACAAAACUUCAAGAGCACUUAUUGUACAUUAUUUUUCAUGAUUGAUUACAUUAAGCUUAAUGUACAAUCAAUCCUUAAGACCUGAGUAUAAUUGAUUUUAGAGUGUUGUGAUAUGGGGUCCAGAUAAUUGUUUUCAAAAGUACCUCUGCUUUGAUUGUAGUACUAUCAUCUCAGAUACUGUAUAUAUUCAAUAAAUUAGAUCACUGGGGUCUCUUAUCAUAAAUCUUAGCAAUUGAUUGCAGGGGAUGAAUUCUAUGAUUGAUCAUGCACAAUACUCAAUGCGAUCAAUCGUAGAAAUCAUCCUUACGAUCAAUCGCUAAGCUUCAUUUUACGGGGCCCUGUGAUUUUGUAAAAGUCAUUGAGAUGGUACUGGUGAUGUGCUGCACUGACACAGACAAUCAUAUAUCUGCAUAGCUCCAUCUAUUGACCAAGAAAGGCCAGUCUGAUGUAGACAGAAUAUUCAAUAUAUCUUACAGAAAGAUGAUUUGGAACUAUUAUUAUGCAUACAUUCCUAUAUAUCAUAUAUAAAUAAUCCAGAAGAUGUACUUUGUGUUACUAGUAUUAUACAGAUCAAAUGAAAGAUCAACAUUUUCCAACUGAACUUGUAUGAACGACAGCGCUAUUUGGUUAUAUUAUCUCUGUAUGAUCCACCAUUCGUGGGCAUUUUCCAGCUUCUAUUGUAGUGCACAAACAACAAGGAGGCUGACAUA